CGCACGCUGGCUUCCCUACUAGGUGGAUGGCAUGGGUGAGCAGGCAAGUGGUUGCGUGACUCGCACGGGGUGGUUUUCAGCUCCCGAGGUGAGCCCCUCUUUGGAGCCUCUGAGGGACGGUGCCUCGCUGCCGGACAACUGGAUGUUCUGGGCGAUGCUGCCGGCGCCGCCACCACCGCCUUCGUCGCUUCCCGCAGGAGGGUCCGAACCUUCCUCAGACGCGCAGCCCCCCGCGGAGGCCCAGAGCCUCCCCGAGGCGCCUCCCCCCUUUGACGCCCAGAUUCUUCCCGGGGCACAGCCCCCUUUCGACGCCCAGUCCCCCCUUGAUUCUCAGCGUCAACUCAAUGGCCAGCCUUCCUGGAAUUUCCAGGCUUCAACAUCAUGGUACUGGACACAGUCUCCUGGUGUUUUUCCUUGGCAUCGGCAGCCCCACAACACUCCGGUUAAACAUUCUUAUCUUCCACGAAAACAUGAUGCAAAGGUCAAUGACUUCAACAUGUCUCCCAGGAGAAAACAGAAAAAAAGGAAAAGAAAGGAACCAGUUUUUCACUAUUUUUGUGAUACCUGUGAUCGUGGUUUUAAAAAUCAAGAGAAGUAUGAUAAACACAUGUCCGAACAUAUGAAAUGCCCUGAGGCAGAUUGCUCUUUUAGUGCACAUGAGAAGAUUGUCCAAUUCCAUUGGAGAAAUACGCAUGCUCCUGGUAUGAAGAAAAUCAAGUUAGACACUCCAGAGGAGAUUGCAAGAUGGAGGGAAGAAAGAAGAAAAAAUUACCCAACUCUGGCUAAUAUCGAAAGGAAGAAAAAGUUAAAAAUUGAAAAGGAAAAGAGAGGAGCAGUGUUGACAACGACACAGUAUGGCAAGAUGAAGGGGAUGGCCGGACAUUCACAGAUGGCAAAAAUCAGAAGUCCUGGCAAACGUCACAAAUGGAAAAAUGGUCGUGCUGGGUCAGGCAAUCCCUUGUGUGGUUCGAAGCCUGAAAGUACACCCGAGGCAAAUUCAGACCCUCUGGGUGUUUUGGUAAACACCGAUUCCGAGUCCGAUAAAGAGGAGAAACCACAAAGUGCUGUCAUACCUAAGGAAGUGACACCAGCCCUGUGCUCCCUAAUGAGCAGCUAUGGCAGCCUCUCGGGGUCGGAGAGUGAGCCGGAAGAAGCUCCCAUCAAGACUGAAGCAGACGUUCUGGCAGAAGACCAGGUUCUUCAUAGCAGUACUCCUAAGAAACCAAGUCAAGAUGUUAAAGCAACUGUUAGAAAUUUCUCAGAAGCCAAGUAUGAGAGCCAAAAGAAAAGUUUCAAAAACACAAAUCCUAAGAGGAAAAAAAAUUAUCGCAAUUAUCAGACAUUAUUUGAACCAAGAACACACCAUCCAUAUCUCCUGGAAAUGCUUUUAGCUCCAGACAUUCGACAUGAAAGAAAUGUGAUUUUGCAGUGUGUUCGGUACAUCAUUAAAAAAGACUUUUUUGGACUUAAUACUACUUCUGCAAAAACUAAAGAUGAAUAGGUGUCCGGUGUUUUAGUACACAUAUCUGAAGCGUGUAAAAUAGUAACAUCUUCAAGUUUGUGGAGGAAAACCUUUUCUUUUUUUUAAACUGGAUUAGUAAUUAAAUUGUAAGCCUCAUGGGCUAUUAUGUAGGAUUUUCAAGUCUUUCCUUUGACUCUAUACAAAUAAAUACAUAACUGAUUUUU